AUGAGAUGUCCUGAGACCGUCGGAGGAAACCUCCAAGAAAGUCCAACUCCAGAACAGGAAGCUCCUCUGAGCUCACAAGUUCAAAGCACAACCGCUGAAGGUGGAUUUCUGCAGCACCCGCUCGGCAGAUUGCCCUCGUCACGUCGACUUGUCAUCAGUCCAGAGAGAACGGCAGCACAUGGUCGUCCGUUUCUUCCUUCAUUCAGAUUCGUGAAGAGCUUUUGUGGCACCCAUCCAUACAGAGCACUCAAACCUUCACAAGCCCACGAAUCUUUUUCUGGAACAGAUCGAUCAUUCCGCUCAUGGCCAGCUCGAUUGAACCUUGGCUUGCACACUGAGAGAGUCUUGACUGAAAUUGACAUAUAUACCUCGUCUCACUACCACACCUAUUCUUCGCCCGGAAAUAUCAAUUACUCUCGGGCUUGCAAUUCUUCACUCCAGCUUCUCCUCAAAUCAGAUGUCCAAGACCGUCGUGACUUGAAUGUUCGAGUCGAAUUGACGGAGCCGUGCGUUUGCCAUGUCUGUCAAUCACAGAGCCAACUCCGUCCAGCCCUCUGUUUCCAGCCAUUCUCGGUAGUGGAGAAUGGCUGGAAUGGAAAGGAAGAAUGAUGGAAAAGGCAUCUCUACGCUCCAGCACAACGAUUGCUGUCGGACCGUAAGGGAUUGGAACCUUCAUUACGAAGAAUGAACGACUCAAUGAACCCGGCUGUCAGUGCGAGGACGGUGUUUAUUCUCUAGU